AGAACUGGAAACAACUGCAGAGGAUUGAGAAUCACUUGAGCUGAAACUUUACAUUAAGUGUGUUUUUUUCUUAAAGACGUUUUUGCAUUUAUAAUCUAAUUUUCAAAAAAAAAAAAAAACCCAGACACACAUACAAUCAUGGACAUCUUUAGCUCCUUACUGGUGUUUGAAAAGGCUGCCAAAGGCAAAGAUAAGUCCGUUAUUCAGUGUAUGGAGUGCUCUUGUGACAACUUCUAUAUUGGAAGGAAAGACGGCGUCCUACAGCAUUUCACUACAAGCUCGAAGUUCGGGAUCGGAGGACGCGAGACUCUGCGAGAGGUAAGGAAGAGACAGAUGGGCCGAGGUGGAGAAAUCAGCCAGCUGAAAGCAGUCCCAGUCCUGAACCACCUUCUUGUGCUUUGGGACGGCUCCAUCACCGUGUUAAACAUGUUCUCUCUGGAGCCCGUAGCAGCCCUGAAGAAGAUCCAGAAUGUUUCUCUGUUUCGCCUCGGCCAACCCGCAGUUCACACGCAGCAGGUUUCCGUGGAGCUCUUCGCUGCCUCCACCAAGCGGAAAUCGGUGAGCAUACACAAGGUGUGUGUGGACAGAUGGGAGUGUGUAGGGAGCGUGGCUCUGGCUCAGGACCCCGUGGCUUUGGCUGUGCACGAGACCUGCCUGUGCGUGGCUACGAGUGACAGAUAUAUUCUCCAUGAUUACCAGACUCAGAGCAGUCUCGAGCUCUUCACACAUAACCUGGGGAAGCAAAGUGUCCUCGCGAAGGAAAGUGUGAAAGGAGAGUUUCUUCUUAACGGCCCAGGGAACUUGGGCAUGUUUGUGAUGAGCGGUGGAAUUUCCCAGCGUCCUCCUGUGCCAUGGCCGGAUGGAGUGUUGGAUGCGGCAGUUCACUUCCCCUAUGUGUUGGUGCUACAGAGUAAAGCGCUCCACGUCUACAGCAUGCUGGACCAGAAGCUUAAACAGACCAUUUUCUUAAAUACUGGCAAAUCACUCCUUUCAACCUCAGACAGUGUGUUUGUAGUCGCCGAGCAGGAGAUUCACCAGCUGUCCCAGAGUCCACUGGAGCUGCAAGUCCAAAAGCUGCUCGGAUGUGAGAGGGUGAAUGAAGCUCUCAUGCUUCUGGAUGGAGUUCAGUCUCUUCUGCCUAACACUUCUUAUAAGAGUCUGCACAGCAGUAUAGUUUGCACCAACGGAUGGAUUCAUUUUUACAAAGAAGCUUUCCUUGAUGCCAAAGAACUUUUCAUUGAAGGUGACUUGGACCCAAGAGAACUGAUUAGACUUUACCCAGGAAUGUCUGUCAUCAGUGAAGGCUUUAAAUCUCAGCCUCCUACCGUGAGCAACGCUAAAGACCUGAGGAAGCUAAAUAACGAAGACCAGACAGAGUUUCAGAAGUACCUGAACUUCCUGGCUCUUUAUUUGAGAGAGAUCCGUGGGAGUGAACUGGGCCAAACCUUCCUUCAGGACAUUGACACUUCCCUGCUUAGAGUGUACAUAGGGCUUGGACAUCAUGAUGACCUGAACCAGCUUGUGUCUUCUCGUAAUUAUUGCAUGCUGGAUGUGUGCAUGCCAGAUCUGGAGCACUAUAAAAGAUUUUUCGCGAUCGGACUGCUCUAUCAAAGCCACGGUCAGCAUUUCGAUGCAAUUCAGACCUGGGUGUGGAUGGUGGAUGAUGAGAGCGUGGAUUCCUCCGAGCCAAAUGUUCUGCUGCACAUUGUAAAAACUCUCUCUCAACUGAAAGAGAAAUCUAUCAUCAUGAAGUUUAUAGACUGGGCUCUUCAAAAAGACCAAAAGGUUGGAGUAUUAAUCUUUAUUGAGAGAGAUCCCGCUGAUCAAAGCACAUUUCAACCACAAGAAGUACUUUCUAUUUUAACAAACUAUCCAGUUGCUUUAGUUUGCUAUCUGGAAUUUCUGGUCAAUGAACAGCAAAGUCAGAUGGAGAAACACCACACUCUGCUGGCCAACACCUACGCCACUCAGAUCCUCCACGCUGAUGCAGAGAUGCAGAACGCUGAUACACACAGGGAGGAAAUGAGGCACAAACUGCAGCAGUUCCUGUGGCAGUCCUCCUUAUAUGAUGCUGAUGCUGUGUAUGACAAAAUACGCUCAUCUGCUCUCCAUGUCGAGAAAGCCAUCCUGCUGGGCCGAGCCGGGGAUCACAGAGAGGCCCUGCGGCUUCUCGUCGACGAAGAACGAGACGAAAAGGCUGCGGAAAACUACUGCUGGAGGACCUCUGCUGGACGAGACAGGAAGUUCACAGGUGAGAUCUUCAGCUGGUUGCUCCAGGCUUACCUCGAGUCCAAGCCUCACAUGUCUGCGGCGGUGGAUCUCCUGAACGCAAACGCGGCGGCUUUUAAUCUGCUGGAGGUGUUGGAAGUGCUUCCUGGCUCCUGGUCCUUACAGCUGGUGACGCGCUUCUUGUGUGAGUCACUGAGAACGACGACACACGACAGGAGGAUGAGAGGCUUGGAGAAGAGCCUGGCCAGGAUGGACAACCUCAGACAGAGACACGCCUGGACGGAGGCAACACAGGGAAUGGUCAGAAUGGACAGAAGCCGGGUGUGUUCUUCUUGUCGGAGGCAGUUCACAGGGCCUGAAUUUCUGCGCAGGUCUACAGGAGAGCUCGUUCACACACACUGCUCCAGCACAAACAACAACUCAUAAACACUUUAAAUCACACAAUUUUAAUGCUUAGUUUGGUGAAGAACCACAUUAGGUAACGUUUAAAGUGCUAGUAUUAAUACUUCAAUAAAACACACACAUAUUUAUAGACGUAUAUUGUUUGUAUUUUUCACAUUUUUAUGUUUAGAUGCAGU